AUAAUAAAUUAAUAUACUUUUGUUUCCAUAUUGUUAUAUCAUUCAGUCAUUGUUUGUGUACUCAUCAAUGUAUACACACAUUGGAAGGCUUCGAAAUGAGUAUACAACAUUAUUGAGGAAAGCAGACAAUCUGUCGUUAGUGCCUUCACCUUCCUAACUAAACAUUUCCAAGUCAAGUGUCAUGUCUCAGAACUAAAAAGGUUGAAGACUUGUCAAUGUGAGCGUACGAAGGGGGAGAGAUACCGAGUGCGGCCUACCUGUCGAUAGGGUUUCGUUGAUCGCCAGCUUAUACUUAGUGGCUAGGACGGGGCAAGUGCUACUUUGUCUAUAAGACUCUCAUGACACGUCUCGAGAAACGUGUGUGCAAAAUUACCGUGCUGAAGCACGCUCUGUUUAAGCGCUUGCAUUAUUCACGGCUACAUCCGGGGCGUCGCAUUAGCCGUCGCGACGGGGGAAUUAAUGGCUUCUUAGUUGAAAUGGCGAUGCAAAGUCAGUCGAGCGCGUGUGGUCGAAAACGAAGAAGAAGCUUUAUGCUCGCGAGAAAUGGAUCGCCGCUGGAAUCGAUACUACGGCGUCGUGGAGAAAGUGUCAUCGUUGGCCGGCCAAUGGCCUUACCAGCGGCGACGAAUGAGGAUCUUCAGCCUCAGCAUAGUGACCUUGAGUAUAUUUUCCGUGAUCGUGUCGCAAAUAGCCAAGAUGGUUGAGUGCGACGGAGACCGGCAGUGCCUCUUUCCAACCGUGGCAGCGUACAUGCUGUCGAGCAUCGCUCUGGUGAAGAUGUACACGUGCCACUUGAGCAGUCGCAAAAUCAGAAACCUCACCGAUCACUUGCUCGUCGAUUGGGACCUGCUGAAGUCUCCGGAGGAGUACGAGAUCAUGAAGAGUUACGCCGAGAACGGCAGAUGGUACUCCUUGGGAUAUACGCUGUACUGCUUGAUAUCGCUGUGCCUGUUUCUGUCGAUGUCUCUCAUACCGCACUUCCUGGAUGUUGUGUUACCCCUCAACGAAUCUCGCCCUCUCGUCAUGCCGCAUCCGGCGUACUACUUUGUCGACGACAGGGAAUACUUCUACUAUAUUUUCUGGUACUCCACCUUGACUUGGGAAAUUACAGUACUCGGCGUAAUUGCCCACGACUGCUUGCUCGUGACUUACAUCGAGCACGUCUGCGGCAUUUUCGCGAUAGUCGGCGUCAACACCCGCAGAUUUCGUUUCGAACGGUUGUCGUGCGAACGCUCUGAGCCUGCGACGAACGUACGCGCUCGACCGGAAGUCUCGUAUCAUAAACGAAUCAUGUUCUCGGUGCAAGCGCAUCGCAGGGCCAUAUGUUUCGCCCAGCUGCUCGAAGAUACCUUCUCGUUAACGUUGGCUCUGCAGAUAGCGAUAAUUACGGUGCUGAUGAGCAUCACCUUGCUGCAAAUUACGCUGCAAGUCAACGAUGUGAUAGAACUGAUAAGAUACAUUCUCUACGUGGUCGCUCAACUGAUUCACCUAUUCUGCCUCAGCUUCGAAGGACAGAAACUGAUGGAUCACAGCCUUCAGACGCGCGAGAAGAUCUACAACAGUCCUUGGUACGAGGUGCCCGUGAAGACGCAGAAGAUGCUCCUUUUCAUGAUGAGGAGGAGCAUUCAACCCUCCUUUAUGAGCGCCGGCAUUUACAUCUUCUCCAUGGAGAACUUCAGCAAGAUCUUGCAAACUUCGAUGUCAUACUUCACGGUACUGGCGUCUAUGGAGUGAUUAGUCGAUUGUUGAUACGUGAAAAUUACGUCUGCAUCUAAAAUUAAGGGGUUACUUCAUUCGAGUAUGAUGAUAAGAUGUAUUUAUAGGUGUAAGCAAUAAAAUACGUUGUUCGACACGGACGCGUUUUGCAUUAUUUUUUUAAAUUGCACUUGAAAGCGAAUUGGACAUCCUUGAGACGAUUUUUAAAAGUACGUUUAUAUAACGACAUGUUUUAUAUAACGAGAAAGAAAAACGUAACUAUUAUUAAACGAUAAU